ACCACAUUUGGUAAAAUGUUCAAAAGUGUAAUAGGCAUUUGUUUAAUUACAUGUGUUCUAUCAUAUCCAACAAGUGACCUAAAAUAUCAGAGUGAUCAAAUAAGUCAACAUGAACCACCCACGACGGUUUUAAGUAAUAUUAGUGUAAACGGAUACACAGGCUGCAGAUGUGAAUGUAGUGCCUCAUCAAUUAGUUCAUCCCAACAAAACACAGCUUCCAGUUCAUCCACGUCAGUAGAUUCCAGUUCGUCCGUAUCAGAAAGUGAAUCAUCUAAUUUAUCGCAUGGACACACUAGCUCAACUGCAAUAGAUUCGAGUUCAUCAGUUUCGGAAAGCGAAUCAUCUAAUUUAUCGCAUGGACACACUAGCACAAAUGCAAUAGAUUCGAGCUCGUCAGUUUCGGAAAGCGAAUCAUCUAAUUUAUCGCAUGGCCAUACUAGCUCAACUGCAAUAGAUUCGAGUUCAUCAGUUUCGGGAAGCGAAUCAUCUAAUUUAUCGCAUGGACACACUAGCUCAACUGCAACAGAUUCUAGUUCAUCAGUUUCGGAAAGCGAAUCAUCUAAUUUAUCGCAUGGCCAUACUAGCUCAACUGCGAUAGAUUCGAGCUCGUCAGUUUCGGGAAGCGAAUCAUCUAACUUAUCACAUGGUCAUACUAGCUCAACUGCAAUAGAUUCGAGUUCAUCAGUUUCGGAAAGCGAAUCAUCUAAUUUAUCGCAUGGACACACUAGCUCAACUGCAACAGAUUCCAGCUCAUCAGUUUCGGGAAGCGAAUCAUCUAAUUUAUCACAUGGCCAUACUAGUUCAACUGCAAUAGAUUCGAGUUCAUCAGUUUCGGGAAGCGAAUCAUCUAACUUAUCACAUGGCCAUACUAGCUCAACUGCAAUAGAUUCGAGCUCGUCAGUUUCGGAAAGCGAAUCAUCUAAUUUAUCGCAUGGCCAUACUAGCUCAACUGCAAUAGAUUCGAGUUCAUCAGUUUCGGGAAGCGAAUCAUCUAAUUUAUCGCAUGGACACACUAGCUCAACUGCAAUAGAUUCGAGCUCGUCAGUUUCGGGAAGCGAAUCAUCUAACUUAUCGCAUGGACACACUAGCACAAAUGCAAUAGAUUCGAGCUCGUCAGUUUCGGAAAGCGAAUCAUCUAAUUUAUCGCAUGGCCAUACUAGCUCAACUGCAAUAGAUUCGAGUUCAUCAGUUUCGGGAAGCGAAUCAUCUAAUUUAUCGCAUGGACACACUAGCUCAACUGCAAUAGAUUCUAGUUCAUCAGUUUCGGAAAGCGAAUCAUCUAAUUUAUCGCAUGGCCAUACUAGCUCAACUGCGAUAGAUUCGAGCUCGUCAGUUUCGGGAAGCGAAUCAUCUAACUUAUCACAUGGCCAUACUAGCUCAACUGCAAUAGAUUCGAGUUCAUCAGUUUCGGAAAGCGAAUCAUCUAAUUUAUCGCAUGGACACACUAGCUCAACUGCAACAGAUUCCAGCUCAUCAGUUUCGGGAAGCGAAUCAUCUAAUUUAUCACAUGGCCAUACUAGUUCAACUGCAAUAGAUUCGAGUUCAUCAGUUUCGGGAAGCGAAUCAUCUAACUUAUCACAUGGCCAUACUAGCUCAACUGCAAUAGAUUCGAGCUCGUCAGUUUCGGAAAGCGAAUCAUCUAAUUUAUCGCAUGGCCAUACUAGCUCAACUGCAAUAGAUUCGAGUUCAUCAGUUUCGGGAAGCGAAUCAUCUAAUUUAUCGCAUGGACACACUAGCUCAACUGCAAUAGAUUCGAGCUCGUCAGUUUCGGGAAGCGAAUCAUCUAACUUAUCACAUGGCCAUACUAGCUCAACUGCAAUAGAUUCGAGCUCGUCAGUUUCGGGAAGCGAAUCAUCUAACUUAUCACAUGGCCAUACUAGCUCAACUGCAAUAGAUUCGAGUUCAUCAGUUUCGGAAAGCGAACAAUCUAAUGUAUCGCAUGGACACACUAGCUCAACUGCAAUAGAUUCGAGUUCAUCAGUUUCGGGAAGCGAAUCAUCUAAUUUAUCGCAUGGACACACUAGCUCAACUGCAAUAGAUUCUAGUUCAUCAGUUUCGGAAAGCGAAUCAUCUAACUUAUCACAUGGCCAUACUAGCUCAACUGCAAUAGAUUCGAGUUCAUCAGUUUCGGAAAGCGAACAAUCUAAUGUAUCGAAUGGACACACUAGCUCAACUGCAAUAGAUUCGAGUUCAUCAGUUUCGGGAAGCGAAUUAUCUAAUUUAUCACAUGGCCAUACUAGCUCAACUGCAAUAGAUUCGAGUUCAUCAGUUUCGGAAAGCGAAUCAUCUAAUUUAUCGCAUGGACAAACUAGCACAAAUGCAAUAGAUUCGAGCUCGUCAGUUUCGGAAAGCGAACAAUCUAAUGUAUCUCAUGGACACACUGCCUCAACUGCAAUAGAUUCGAGUUCAUCAGUUUCGGAAAGCGAACAAUCUAAUAUAUCACAUGGACACACUAGCUCAACUGCAAUAGAUUCGAGUUCAUCAGUUUCGGGAAGCGAAUCAUCUAAUUUAUCGCAUGGACACACUAGCUCAACUGCAACAGAUUCCAGCUCAUCAGUUUCGGGAAGCGAAUCAUCUAAUUUAUCACAUGGCCAUACUAGCUCAACUGCAAUAGAUUCGAGUUCAUCAGUUUCGGAAAGCGAACAAUCUAAUGUAUCGCAUGGACACACUAGCUCAACUGCAAUAGAUUCGAGUUCAUCAGUUUCGGGAAGCGAAUCAUCUAAUUUAUCGCAUGGACACACUAGCUCAACUGCAAUAGAUUUGAGUUCAUCAGUUUCGGGAAGCGAAUCAUCUAAUCUAUCACAUGGCCAUACUAGCUCAACUGCAAUAGAUUCUAGUUCUUCAGUUUCGGAAAGCGAAUCAUCUAAUUUAUCACAUGGCCAUACUAGCUCAACUGCAAUAGAUUUGAGCUCGUCAGUUUCGGGAAGCGAAUCAUCUAACUUAUCACAUGGCCAUACUAGCUCAACUGCGAUAGAUUCUAGUUCAUCAGUUUCGGGAAGCGAAUCAUCUAAUUUAUCACAUGGCCAUACUAGCUCAACUGAAAUAGAUUCGAGCUCGUCAGUUUCGGAAAGCGAAUCAUCGAAUUUAUCGCAUGGACACACUAGCUCAACUGCAAUAGAUUCGAGUUCAUCAGUUUUGGGAAGCGAAUCAUCUAACUUAUCACAUGGCCAUACUAGCUCAACUGCAAUAGACUCUAGUUCAUCAGUUUCGGGAAGCGAAUCAUCUAAUUUAUCGCAUGGCCAUACUAGCUCAACUGCAAUAGAUUCGAGUUCAUCAGUUUCGGGAAGCGAAUCAUCUAAUCUAUCACAUGGCCAUACUAGCUCAACUGCAAUAGAUUCUAGUUCUUCAGUUUCGGAAAGCGAAUCAUCUAAUUUAUCGCAUGGACACACUAGCUCAACUGCAACAGAUUCCAGCUCAUCAGUUUCGGGAAGCGAAUCAUCUAAUUUAUCACAUGGCCAUACUAGUUCAACUGCAAUAGAUUCGAGUUCAUCAGUUUCGGGAAGCGAAUCAUCUAAUUUAUCACAUGGCCAUACUAGCUCAACUGCAAUAGAUUCGAGCUCGUCAGUUUCGGAAAGCGAAUCAUCUAAUUUAUCGCAUGGCCAUACUAGCUCAACUGCAAUAGAUUCGAGUUCAUCAGUUUCGGGAAGCGAAUCAUCUAAUUUAUCGCAUGGACACACUAGCACAAAUGCAAUAGAUUCGAGCUCGUCAGUUUCGGAAAGCGAAUCAUCUAAUUUAUCGCAUGGCCAUACUAGCUCAACUGCAAUAGAUUCGAGUUCAUCAGUUUCGGGAAGCGAAUCAUCUAAUUUAUCGCAUGGACACACUAGCUCAACUGCAAUAGAUUCGAGCUCGUCAGUUUCGGGAAGCGAAUCAUCUAACUUAUCACAUGGCCAUACUAGCUCAACUGCAAUAGAUUCGAGUUCAUCAGUUUCGGAAAGCGAAUCAUCUAAUUUAUCGCAUGGACACACUAGCUCAACUGCAAUAGAUUCGAGUUCAUCAGUUUCGGGAAGCGAAUCAUCUAAUCUAUCACAUGGCCAUACUAGCUCAACUGCAAUAGAUUCUAGUUCUUCAGUUUCGGAAAGCGAAUCAUCUAAUUUAUCGCAUGGACACACUAGCUCAACUGCAACAGAUUCCAGCUCAUCAGUUUCGGGAAGCGAAUCAUCUAAUUUAUCACAUGGUCAUACUAGUUCAACUGCAAUAGAUUCGAGUUCAUCAGUUUCGGGAAGCGAAUCAUCUAAUUUAUCACAUGGCCAUACUAGCUCAACUGCAAUAGAUUCGAGCUUGUCAGUUUCGGAAAGCGAAUCAUCUAAUUUAUCGCAUGGCCAUACUAGCUCAACUGCAAUAGAUUCGAGUUCAUCAGUUUCGGGAAGCGAAUCAUCUAAUUUAUCGCAUGGACACACUAGCACAAAUGCAAUAGAUUCGAACUCGUCAGUUUCGGAAAGCGAAUCAUCUAAUUUAUCGCAUGGCCAUACUAGCUCAACUGCAAUAGAUUCGAGUUCAUCAGUUUCGGGAAGCGAAUCAUCUAAUUUAUCGCAUGGACACACUAGCUCAACUGCAAUAGAUUCUAGUUCUUCAGUUUCGGAAAGCGAAUCAUCUAAUUUAUCGCAUGGACACACUAGCUCAACUGCAACAGAUUCCAGCUCAUCAGUUUCGGGAAGCGAAUCAUCUAAUUUAUCACAUGGCCAUACUAGUUCAACUGCAAUAGAUUCGAGUUCAUCAGUUUCGGGAAGCGAAUCAUCUAAUUUAUCACAUGGCCAUACUAGCUCAACUGCAAUAGAUUCGAGCUCGUCAGUUUCGGAAAGCGAAUCAUCUAAUUUAUCGCAUGGCCAUACUAGCUCAACUGCAAUAGAUUCGAGUUCAUCAGUUUCGGGAAGCGAAUCAUCUAAUUUAUCGCAUGGACACACUAGCUCAACUGCAAUAGAUUCGAGCUUGUCAGUUUCGGGAAGCGAAUCAUCUAACUUAUCACAUGGCCAUACUAGCUCAACUGCAAUAGAUUCUAGUUCUUCAGUUUCGGAAAGCGAAUCAUCUAAUUUAUCGCAUGGACACACUAGCUCAACUGCAACAGAUUCCAGCUCAUCAGUUUCGGGAAGCGAAUCAUCUAAUUUAUCACAUGACCAUACUAGUUCAACUGCAAUAGAUUCGAGUUCAUCAGUUUCGGGAAGCGAAUCAUCUAAUUUAUCACAUGGCCAUACUAGCUCAACUGCAAUAGAUUCGAGCUCGUCAGUUUCGGAAAGCGAAUCAUCUAAUUUAUCGCAUGGCCAUACUAGCUCAACUGCAAUAGAUUCGAGUUCAUCAGUUUCGGGAAGCGAAUCAUCUAAUUUAUCACAUGGCCAUACUAGCUCAACUGCAAUAGAUUCGAGUUCAUCAGUUUCGGGAAGCGAAUCAUCUAAUUUAUCACAUGGCCAUACUAGUUCAACUGCAAUAGAUUCGAGCUCGUCUGCUUCUGAAAGCGAAUCAUCGAAUUUAUCGCAUGGACACACUAGCUCAACUGCAAUAGAUUCGAGUUCAUCAGUUUUGGGAAGCGAAUCAUCUAACUUAUCACAUGGCCAUACUAGCUCAACUGCAAUAGACUCUAGUUCAUCAGUUUAUGGAAGCGAAUCAUCUAAUUUAUCGCAUGGCCAGACUAGCUCAACUGCAAUAGAUUCGAGUUCAUCAGUUUCGGGAAGCGAAUCAUCUAAUUUAUCGCAUGGACACACUAGCUCAACUGCAAUAGAUUCGAGCUCUUCAGUUUCGGGAGGCGAAUCAUCUAACUUAUCACAUGGCCAUACUAGCUCAACUGCAAUAGAUUCGAGUUCAUCAGUUUCGGAAAGCGAACAAUCUAAUGUAUCGCAUGGACACACUAGCUCAACUGCAAUAGAUUCGAGUUCAUCAGUUUCGGGAAGCGAAUCAUCUAAUUUAUCACAUGGCCAUACUAGCUCAACUGCAAUAGAUUCGAGUUCAUCAGUUUCGGGAAGCGAAUCAUCUAAUUUAUCACAUGGCCAUACUAGUUCAACUGCAAUAGAUUCGAGCUCGUCUGUUUCUGAAAGCGAAUCAUCGAAUUUAUCGCAUGGACACACUAGCUCAACUGCAAUAGAUUCGAGUUCAUCAGUUUUGGGAAGCGAAUCAUCUAACUUAUCACAUGGCCAUACUACCUCAACUGCAAUAGACUCUAGUUCAUCAGUUUCGGGAAGCGAAUCAUCUAAUUUAUCGCAUGGCCAUACUAGCUCAACUGCAAUAGAUUCGAGUUCAUCAGUUUCGGGAAGCGAAUCAUCUAAUAUAUCACAUGGACACACUAGCUCAACUGCAAUAGAUUCGAGUUCAUCAGUUUCGGGAAGCGAAUCAUCUAAUUUAUCACAUGGCCAUACUAGCUCAACUGCAAUAGAUUCUAGUUCUUCAGUUUCGGAAAGCGAAUCAUCUAAUUUAUCGCAUGGACACACUAGCUCAACUGCAACAGAUUCCAGCUCAUCAGUUUCGGGAAGCGAAUCAUCUAAUUUAUCACAUGGCCAUACUAGUUCAACUGCAAUAGAUUCGAGUUCAUCAGUUUCGGGAAGCGAAUCAUCUAAUAUAUCACAUGGACACACUAGCUCAACUGCAAUAGAUUCGAGUUCAUCAGUUUCGGGAAGCGAAUCAUCUAAUUUAUCACAUGGCCAUACUAGCUCAACUGCAAUAGAUUCUAGUUCUUCAGUUUCGGAAAGCGAAUCAUCUAAUUUAUCGCAUGGACACACUAGCUCAACUGCAACAGAUUCCAGCUCAUCAGUUUCGGGAAGCGAAUCAUCUAAUUUAUCGCAUGGCCAUACUAGCUCAACUGCAAUAGAUUCGAGUUCAUCAGUUUCGGGAAGCGAAUCAUCUAAUAUAUCACAUGGACACACUAGCUCAACUGCAAUAGAUUCGAGUUCAUCAGUUUCGGGAAGCGAAUCAUCUAAUUUAUCACAUGGCCAUACUAGCUCAACUGCAAUAGAUUCUAGUUCUUCAGUUUCGGAAAGCGAAUCAUCUAAUUUAUCGCAUGGACACACUAGCUCAACUGCAAUAGAUUCUAGUUCAUCAGUUUCGGGAAGCGAAUCAUCUAACUUAUCACAGGGCCAUACUAGCUCAACUGCAAUAGAUUCUAGUUCUUUAGUUUCGGAAAGCGAAUCAUCUAACUUAUCACAUGGCCAUACUAGCUCAACUGCAAUAGAUUCGAGCUCGUCAGUUUCGGAAAGCGAAUCAUCUAAUUUAUUGCAUGGCCAUACUAGCUCAACUGCAAUAGAUUCUAGUUCAUCAGUUUCGGAAAGCGAAUCAUCUAAUUUAUCGCAUGGCCAUACUAGCUCAACUGCGAUAGAUUCGAGCUCGUCAGUUACGGGAAGCGAAUCAUCUAACUUAUCACAUGGCCAUACUAGCUCAACUGCAAUAGAUUCGAGUUCAUCAGUUUCGGAAAGCGAACAAUCUAAUGUAUCGCAUGGACACACUAGCUCAACUGCAAUAAAUUCGAGUUCAUCAGUUUCGGGAAGCGAAUCAUCUAAUUUAUCGCAUGGACACACUAGCUCAACUGCAAUAGAUUCUAGUUCAUCAGUUUCGGGAAGCGAAUCAUCUAACUUAUCACAUGGCCAUACUAGCUCAACUGCAAUAGAUUCUAGUUCUUUAGUUUCGGAAAGCGAAUCAUCUAAUUUAUCACAUGGCCAUACUAGCUCAACUGCAAUAGAUUCGAGCUCGUCAGUUUCGGAAAGCGAAUCAUCUAAUUUAUCGCAUGGCCAUACUAGCUCAACUGCAAUAGAUUCUAGUUCAUCAGUUUCGGGAAGCGAAUCAUCUAAUUUAUCGCAUGGCCAUACUAGCUCAACUGCGAUAGAUUCGAGCUCGUCAGUUUCGGGAAGCGAAUCAUCUAACUUAUCACAUGGUCAUACUAGCUCAACUGCAAUAGAUUCGAGUUCAUCAGUUUCGGAAAGCGAACAAUCUAAUGUAUCGCAUGGACACACUAGCUCAACUGCAAUAGAUUCGAGUUCAUCAGUUUCGGGAAGCGAAUCAUCUAAUUUAUCGCAUGGACACACUAGCUCAACUGCAAUAGAUUCCAGUUCAUCAGUUUUGGGAAGCGAAUCAUCUAACUUAUCACAUGGCCAUACUAGCUCAACUGCAAUAGAUUCUAGUUCUUCAGUUUCGGAAAGCGAAUCAUCUAAUUUAUCGCAUGGCCAUACUACCUCAAGUGCAAUAGAUUCGAGUUCAUCAGUUUCGGGAAGCGAAUCAUCUAAUUUAUCACAUGGCCAUACUAGCUCAACUGCAAUAGAUUCGAGCUCGUCAGUUUCGGAAAGCGAAUCAUCUAAUUUAUCGCAUGGCCAUACUAGCUCAACUGCAAUAGAUUCGAGUUCAUCAGUUUCGGGAAGCGAAUCAUCUAAUUUAUCGCAUGGACACACUAGCUCAACUGCAAUAGAUUUGAGUUCAUCAGUUUCGGAAAGCGAAUCAUCUAAUUUAUCGCAUGGCCAUACUAGCUCAACUGCAAUAGAUUCGAGUUCAUCAGUUUCGGGAAGCGUAUCAUCUAAUUUAUCACAUGGCCAUACUAGCUCAACUGCAAUAGAUUCGAGUUCAUCAGUUUCGGGAAGCGAAUCAUCUAAUUUAUCACAUGGCCAUACUAGUUCAACUGCAAUAGAUUCGAGCUCGUCAGUUUCGGAAAGCGAAUCAUCUAAUUUAUCACAUGGCCAUACUAGCUCAACUGCAAUAGAUUCGAGUUCAUCAGUUUCGGGAAGCGAAUCAUCUAAUUUAUCACAUGGCCAUACUAGUUCAACUGCAAUAGAUUCGAGCUCGUCAGUUUCGGAAAGCGAAUCAUCUAAUUUAUCACAUGGCCAUACUAGCUCAACUGCAAUAGAUUCGAGUUCAUCAGUUUCGGGAAGCGAAUCAUCUAAUUUAUCACAUGGCCAUACUAGUUCAACUGCAAUAGAUUCGAGCUCGUCAGUUUCGGAAAGCGAAUCAUCUAAUUUAUCGCAUGGACACACUAGCUCAACUGCAAUAGAUUCGAGCUCAUCAGUUUCGGAAAGCGAAUCAUCUAAUUUAUCGCAUGGCCAUACUAGCUCAACUGCAAUAGAUUCGAGUUCAUCAGUUUCGGGAAGCGAAUCAUCUAAUUUAUCGCAUGGACACACUAGCUCAACUGCAAUGGAUUCGAGUUCAUCAGUUUCGCAAAGCGAAUCAUCUAAUUUAUCGCAUGGCCAUACUAGCUCAACUGCAAUAGAUUCGAGCUCGUCAGUUUCGGAAAGCGAAUCAUCUAAUUUAUCGCAUGGCCAUACUAGCUCAACUGCAAUAGAUUCGAGUUCAUCAGUUUCGGGAAGCGAAUCAUCUAAUUUAUCACAUGGCCAUACUAGCUCAACUGCAAUAGAUUCGAGCUCGUCAGUUUCGGAAAGCGAAUCAUCUAAUUUAUCACAUGGCCAUACUAGCUCAACUGCAAUAGAUUCGAGUUCAUCAGUUUCGGGAAGCGAAUCAUCUAAUUUAUCACAUGGCCAUACUAGCUCAACUGCAAUAGAUUCGAGUUCAUCAGUUUCGGGAAGCGAAUCAUCUAAUUUAUCACAUGGCCAUACUAGCUCAACUGCAAUAGAUUCGAGUUCAUCAGUUUCGGGAAGCGAAUCAUCUAAUUUAUCACAUGGCCACACUAGCUCAACUGCAAUAGAUUCGAGCUCGUCAGUUUCGGAAAGCGAAUCAUCGAAUUUAUCGCAUGGACACACUAGUUCAACUGCAAUAGAUUCGAGUUCAUCAGUUUCGGAAAGCGAAUCAUCGAAUUUAUCGCAUGGGCAUGCUAGCUCAACUGCAAUAGGAAGUGAAUCAUCCACAAAUGGAAGUACUUGGUUAUCUAAGAUUCGUGGAAAAUUGCGUAAAAAGUGUACUUGCGAAUAUCUGGAUCCACUAACAGGUUUUACAGAGACUAUAGUUGAAACGAAGUAAGACUGACAGUAUUUACAGAAGUUAAAUUUAAAUGUGAGAUGAAUAUAAACAUUUUUGAAUAAAU